AUGAACAGAGCAAGUCGCCAUUCUCCGCGCUAUCAAAAUUUAAAUGAUAAUAAAAAAUAAAUAUAGCAACUUAAUGAAUUGGCAAUAAGUUAGUCCCAUAGAAUUAAUGAGUUCGAAAGAAAACUACAAAGCAUGCUUAAAAAAUUAAAUGAUUCUCAAAGUUUUCAUGUAGAUUAAAUUUCUAAUUAAAUUUCUGAGUUAGAAGAUGAAAAGGACGAUUCAUAACUAAAUUUAUUACUUCCAGAUUGUAUUCUGAAGAAAACAGAUUGCGGGCAAAUAUUAGAUCAAAAAGAAAAUUAGGAUUAAAAAAUGAAAGUUAUGAACAAUAUUGAAGAGAAGUUUAGUGCAAUACAUUAAAAAUCAAACUCUAAAUAAAAUUAAGAAAUAAAUUAUGAAAAUUCAAAUGAAGACAAAAUUUAGCAUUUAUUCUUAUAAUCAUAAUAAAAAAAUGAGUUUUCAGAAUACUCCAAUGUAGAAAUUUAAAUGAGUUAAUUGGUUGUUUAAAAUUAAUAUAAAAAUGUGGAAAAAGAAAAUAAAUUAGAAGAAUUCGAUGAAAUCUUACUUUAUCAAGCUGAAGGCAAUCUUUCAAGCGAAGAAAAAUAAAUGAACCAAGAAUAUAGAGAAGUUAAUAGUUAGAAUAAUUAAAGUGAUGAAAUAAAAAAUAAAUCUUAGCUGGAUUAAAGAUAAAUUGAUAAAAUUUAAUAAAACCUAAAAAAAGAAAGCGAAAACAAGCGGAAUAAAAUUAAAAUUUUUCUUCCUAAAAUAGCAAAUUUAUUAUAGGAUAAAAACUAAAAAAUAAUUAAACUUUUAAACAAGGAGUUGACUCAAGAAAAUUUUCUUUAAGAUAUAGGAGAAGAAGGAAUAGAAAAAAUGAAUAUUCAAUUAAAUAGAAUGUCAGAAAAAUAAGGUCAGUAAUUUAAAAAAUUGGAAAUGUAAUUGUAAUAAAUUAUGCAAGAAAAUAUCGAUAAAAUUAUGAAAAUUGUAAAUUAAACUUUCAGAAUCAAUAAUUUGAGUCAAAAUGAAGAAAUAAUUGAUAAACUAGUUGAUAGAAAAGAAUCUAUUAAUGAUUAAUAAAUAGAAGAAUAUAAAUUAUAACAAUAUGAAUUAUAAUAUGAAUUGGAGGUGUCAAGUUAAAAGAAUGAUGUGCAAAUUAAGUAAGAACCAAGUAAUAAUUGGGAUCAAAAUAGCAAUAUUAGUGAUAUUGUAAAUAAAUCUAUUCACAAAAUUAAUGACUAAUCCCUCUCAUAAAAUGAUGAAAGGGAUAAUAACAUUCAAAAUUUUUUAUAAUAAAUAGCAAGUCUUUAAUAAUAAAAUAUUUAGUAAGGCGAAGGAAAUAGCAUCAUUCAAAAACAUAGAAAAUCAACUUCUGAUUAAUUUAAAAAUCAAAAGGAUAAUUUAACUCAAUAAAAAGAAAUUAAUAUACAAGAUACAGACUAGGAUAAAUAUAAUUGUGCUAAUCAAACAUUUAACGAAAUUAAUAAAUCAAUGAAUUAAAGUGAAUAACUGUAAUUAUAAAUAUCUAUUAAUGAGAAAUAGAAUUUAGUCAAUAAUUUCUUAAUGGAGCUUGAAUAUGGAAGUAAGAUAGAAAAUCAAAUUGAGCUGGAUGAAAAAAUGAAUGGUGUAUUUGAUAGAAUUAAGGAAAUCUAAAAAAGUUAAAAUAAUGAAAACUUAAUUGAAUUUAUAAAUAAAAAAUUAAAUGAAUUUUUAAGACCUAAAUAUUAGUAAGAGAAUUUAUGUGAGGAUGUAAUGUAAAAUAUAGAAUAAUAAGAAUAAAUUUUUAAAUUGGAAAAUAACAUUAAUAGUAUUUAAAAUUAAGGAUUAUAAAAUGAUGAUAAAAAUUAAUACUAAUAAAAAUUUAAUAAUUUAAAAGAAAAUAAUUAAAAAGUAAAAUUUCAACCUGAAGAAAUAAUAUUAGAAGAAGAAGAUUAAAUUAAAUAAUUUGUUGAAUAAAAUAAAAACUAAAAUAUAUAAAAAAAUAAAUUAUUAAACCUAAAAUUAAAGAAAUAAAAUGAUUAAGAAGAAUUUAUAAUAGAAAAAAAUAAAUAAAUGAAUCUAUAAGAUAAGAUUGAAUUUUAAAAAGUCGAAAGAAACUAACCUAAAUUGAAAGAACAUAAAGAACAAGAAAUUUUAUAAAUCAAAGAAAAACAACAUCCUUUAAUAAAUGAAGAGAUUAUUAUAUUAUGUAAACAAUAAUAAUAGGAACCUAAAUUAAAUUAGAAAAUAUAAUAACAAGAACCUGAAAAUAGUAAUGAAAAACAACUUUAAUAAGUAGUUCAAAAUUUAUAAGAACAGUUAAAAGAUAAGGAUAAUUAAUUAUCUGUCUAAAAUGAAGAGAUUGUAAAAUUACGUAAAAAACAAUAAUAGGAACCUUAAAUAGUUGAAAAUAUAUUAUCACAAUAACCUGAAAAUAAUAAUGAAAAACAACUUUAAUAAGUAGUUCAAAAUUUAUAAGAACAGUUAAAAGAUAAGGAUAAUUAAUUAUCUGUCUAAAAUGAAGAGAUUGUUAAAUUACGUAAUAAACAAUAAUAGGAACCUUAAAUAGUUGAAAAUAUAUAAUCACAAUAAUCUGAAAAUAAUAAUGAAAAACAACUUUAAUAAGUAGUUCAAAAUUUAUAAGAACAGUUAAAAGAUAAGGAUAAUUAAUUAUCUGUCUAAAAUGAAGAGAUUGUUAAAUUACGUAAUAAACAAUAAUAGGAACCUUAAAUAGUUGAAAAUAUAUAAUCACAAUAAUCUGAAAAUAAUAAUGAAAAACAACUUUAAUAAGUAGUUCAAAAUUUAUAAGAACAGUUAAAAGAUAAGGAUAAUUAAUUAUCUGUCUAAAAUGAAGAGAUUGUUAAAUUACGUAAUAAACAAUAAUAGGAACCUUAAAUAGUUGAAAAUAUAUAAUCACAAUAAUCUGAAAAUAAUAAUGAAAAACAACUUUAAUAAGUAGUUCAAAAUUUAUAAGAACAGUUAAAAGAUAAGGAUAAUUAAUUAUCUGUCUAAAAUGAAGAGAUUGUUAAAUUACGUAAUAAACAAUAAUAGGAACCUUAAAUAGUUGAAAAUAUAUAAUCACAAUAAUCUGAAAAUAAUAAUGAAAAACAACUUUAAUAAGUAGUUCAAAAUUUAUAAGAACAGUUAAAAGAUAAGGAUAAUUAAUUAUCUGUCUAAAAUGAAGAGAUUGUUAAAUUACGUAAUAAACAAUAAUAGGAACCUUAAAUAGUUGAAAAUAUAUAAUCACAAUAAUCUGAAAAUAAUAAUGAAAAACAACUUUAAUAAGUAGUUCAAAAUUUAUAAGAACAGUUAAAAGAUAAGGAUAAUUAAUUAUCUGUCUAAAAUGAAGAGAUUGUUAAAUUACGUAAUAAACAAUAAUAGGAACCUUAAAUAGUUGAAAAUAUAUAAUCACAAUAAUCUGAAAAUAAUAAUGAAAAACAACUUUAAUAAGUAGUUCAAAAUUUAUAAGAACAGUUAAAAGAUAAGGAUAAUUAAUUAUCUGUCUAAAAUGAAGAGAUUGUUAAAUUACGUAAUAAACAAUAAUAGGAACCUUAAAUAGUUGAAAAUAUAUAAUCACAAUAAUCUGAAAAUAAUAAUGAAAAACAACUUUAAUAAGUAGUUCAAAAUUUAUAAGAACAGUUAAAAGAUAAGGAUAAUUAAUUAUCUGUCUAAAAUGAAGAGAUUGUUAAAUUACGUAAUAAACAAUAAUAGGAACCUUAAAUAGUUGAAAAUAUAUAAUCACAAUAAUCUGAAAAUAAUAAUGAAAAACAACUUUAAUAAGUAGUUCAAAAUUUAUAAGAACAGUUAAAAGAUAAGGAUAAUUAAUUAUCUGUCUAAAAUGAAGAGAUUGUUAAAUUACGUAAUAAACAAUAAUAGGAACCUUAAAUAGUUGAAAAUAUAUAAUCACAAUAAUCUGAAAAUAAUAAUGAAAAACAACUUUAAUAAGUAGUUCAAAAUUUAUAAGAACAGUUAAAAGAUAAGGAUAAUUAAUUAUCUGUCUAAAAUGAAGAGAUUGUUAAAUUACGUAAUAAACAAUAAUAGGAACCUUAAAUAGUUGAAAAUAUAUAAUCACAAUAAUCUGAAAAUAAUAAUGAAAAACAACUUUAAUAAGUAGUUCAAAAUUUAUAAGAACAGUUAAAAGAUAAGGAUAAUUAAUUAUCUGUCUAAAAUGAAGAGAUUGUUAAAUUACGUAAUAAACAAUAAUAGGAACCUUAAAUAGUUGAAAAUAUAUAAUCACAAUAAUCUGAAAAUAAUAAUGAAAAACAACUUUAAUAAGUAGUUCAAAAUUUAUAAGAACAGUUAAAAGAUAAGGAUAAUUAAUUAUCUGUCUAAAAUGAAGAGAUUGUUAAAUUACGUAAUAAACAAUAAUAGGAACCUUAAAUAGUUGAAAAUAUAUAAUCACAAUAAUCUGAAAAUAAUAAUGAAAAACAACUUUAAUAAGUAGUUCAAAAUUUAUAAGAACAGUUAAAAGAUAAGGAUAAUUAAUUAUCUGUCUAAAAUGAAGAGAUUGUUAAAUUACGUAAUAAACAAUAAUAGGAACCUUAAAUAGUUGAAAAUAUAUAAUCACAAUAAUCUGAAAAUAAUAAUGAAAAACAACUUUAAUAAGUAGUUCAAAAUUUACAAGAAUAGGUAUAGGAUAAGGAUGCUUAAUUAUCAAUUUUAAAUGAAGAGAUUGUUUAAUUAUUGAAACAAUAAUAAUAGGAACCUAACUUAUAUAAGACCAUAUAAUCAUUAUAUAAUCGACAAUUUUCUUCUAAUAUCAUUUUAUAACAAAAUUAAAUUGAUAUUCCCUAGAACGAUUUUCUAUUGCUUAAUACUCAACAGCUAAAUAAUUUGCAUUAUAAUAAUUAAUCAUUAACAUAACUGCCAUCAAACAAUAUUUAAUUGGAUUAAAUAACCUAAAUAAAUAACCUAACAUCAAGCAAUUAUUUUAAUUCUUCUAACUAAUCUGAUCAAUUAAAUUCAUUAUAUUUUAAUUUAUAAGAAUCUGAAAAAAAUUAACUUAAAAAUUAAGAUGAGAAACAUACUAAUGUUUAAACUUUAACAUUAUAAAAUUUAAAUGAGAUAAAUAGUCAAUAAUAAUUUUUCAAAAAUACUGAUUAAAAAAUUAAAAGUUUAAAACAAUUAUUAAAUAUCAUAAAUAAUCGAGUUAAAUUAAAUUCUGUAUAAUAAUAAAAUUAACUCUUAACAGUCUAAUCCAAUUUAAUUAAUGAAUAAAAUAUACAUUAUUAAUUGACAUUAAAUUAAUUGAAUGCAAAUUUAUUGAAAUAAGAAUCUGUCCUGAUAUAAUUUCAAAUUUAAAAUUAAGAACAUGAGGAUACUAUUAUAAAUUUAAAUAAAAAAAUUUAAGAAAUAGAGUAAGAAAUUAUUUUUUAAAAAGAUAAUAAUUUAAAAUUAAUAUAAUAAAAUGAAUUUAGAUAAACUUAAUUAGUAGAAUGUUAAAAUGAAAAAGAAGAGUUAAUAAGUUAAAUAAAUUCUGAAAAUAAUAAAUUAAAGGAACAAAUCAAUGAAUUAAAAUUUUUCCUAAAUAAAUUAACAUAAGAUGUUGAUAAUAAACAGAAAGAAAACCAAAAAUUAUAAACAAUUAAUAAAGAAAAAGAAGAGCAAAUUAGUUAACUUUCUACUGAUAAUAAUAAAUUAAAUGAAUAAAUCAUUGAAUUGAAACAGAUAAAUGAAUAACUAACAAAGGAUAUAGAUAUAAAAUAGAAAGAAAACCAAUAAUUAUAAACAAGUAUUAUAGAAAAAGAAGAGCAAAUUAAUAAACUUUCUUCUGAUUCUAAUAAAUAGAGUGAAAAGAUAAAUGAAUUAGAAUGUUAAAUUAAUGAAAUUAAUGAUAUAAAUAAAAAAUUAACAGAAGAUUUAGAUACCAAAUAGAAAGAAAACCAAUAAUUAUAAACAAGUAUUAAAGAAAAAGAAGAGCAAAUUAAUAAACUUUCUUCUGAUUCUAAUAAAUAGAGUGAAAAGAUAAAUGAAUUAGAAUGUUAAAUUAAUGAAAUUAAUGAUAUAAAUAAAAAAUUAACAGAAGAUUUAGAUACCAAAUAGAAAGAAAACCAAUAAUUAUAAACAAGUAUUAAAGAAAAAGAAGAGCAAAUUAAUAAACUUUCUUCUGAUUCUAAUAAAUAGAGUGAAAAGAUAAAUGAAUUAGAAUGUUAAAUUAAUGAAAUUAAUGAUAUAAAUAAAAAAUUAACAGAAGAUUUAGAUACCAAAUAGAAAGAAAACCAAUAAUUAUAAACAAGUAUUAAAGAAAAAGAAGAGCAAAUUAAUAAACUUUCUUCUGAUUCUAAUAAAUAGAGUGAAAAGAUAAAUGAAUUAGAAUGUUAAAUUAAUGAAAUUAAUGAUAUAAAUAAAAAAUUAACAGAAGAUUUAGAUACCAAAUAGAAAGAAAACCAAUAAUUAUAAACAAGUAUUAAAGAAAAAGAAGAGCAAAUUAAUAAACUUUCUUCUGAUUCUAAUAAAUAGAGUGAAAAGAUAAAUGAAUUAGAAUGUUAAAUUAAUGAAAUUAAUGAUAUAAAUAAAAAAUUAACAGAAGAUUUAGAUACCAAAUAGAAAGAAAACCAAUAAUUAUAAACAAGUAUUAAAGAAAAAGAAGAGCAAAUUAAUAAACUUUCUUCUGAUUCUAAUAAAUAGAGUGAAAAGAUAAAUGAAUUAGAAUGUUAAAUUAAUGAAAUUAAUGAUAUAAAUAAAAAAUUAACAGAAGAUUUAGAUACCAAAUAGAAAGAAAACCAAUAAUUAUAAACAAGUAUUAAAGAAAAAGAAGAGCAAAUUAAUAAACUUUCUUCUGAUUCUAAUAAAUAGAGUGAAAAGAUAAAUGAAUUAGAAUGUUAAAUUAAUGAAAUUAAUGAUAUAAAUAAAAAAUUAACAGAAGAUUUAGAUACCAAAUAGAAAGAAAACCAAUAAUUAUAAACAAGUAUUAAAGAAAAAGAAGAGCAAAUUAAUAAACUUUCUUCUGAUUCUAAUAAAUAGAGUGAAAAGAUAAAUGAAUUAGAAUGUUAAAUUAAUGAAAUUAAUGAUAUAAAUAAAAAAUUAACAGAAGAUUUAGAUACCAAAUAGAAAGAAAACCAAUAAUUAUAAACAAGUAUUAAAGAAAAAGAAGAGCAAAUUAAUAAACUUUCUUCUGAUUCUAAUAAAUAGAGUGAAAAGAUAAAUGAAUUAGAAUGUUAAAUUAAUGAAAUUAAUGAUAUAAAUAAAAAAUUAACAGAAGAUUUAGAUACCAAAUAGAAAGAAAACCAAUAAUUAUAAACAAGUAUUAAAGAAAAAGAAGAGCAAAUUAAUAAACUUUCUUCUGAUUCUAAUAAAUAGAGUGAAAAGAUAAAUGAAUUAGAAUGUUAAAUUAAUGAAAUUAAUGAUAUAAAUAAAAAAUUAACAGAAGAUUUAGAUACCAAAUAGAAAGAAAACCAAUAAUUAUAAACAAGUAUUAAAGAAAAAGAAGAGCAAAUUAAUAAACUUUCUUCUGAUUCUAAUAAAUAGAGUGAAAAGAUAAAUGAAUUAGAAUGUUAAAUUAAUGAAAUUAAUGAUAUAAAUAAAAAAUUAACAGAAGAUUUAGAUACCAAAUAGAAAGAAAACCAAUAAUUAUAAACAAGUAUUAAAGAAAAAGAAGAGCAAAUUAAUAAACUUUCUUCUGAUUCUAAUAAAUAGAGUGAAAAGAUAAAUGAAUUAGAAUGUUAAAUUAAUGAAAUUAAUGAUAUAAAUAAAAAAUUAACAGAAGAUUUAGAUACCAAAUAGAAAGAAAACCAAUAAUUAUAAACAAGUAUUAAAGAAAAAGAAGAGCAAAUUAAUAAACUUUCUUCUGAUUCUAAUAAAUAGAGUGAAAAGAUAAAUGAAUUAGAAAGUUAAAUUAAUGAAAUUUAAGAUAUAAAUAAAAAAUUAACAGAAGAUUUAGAUACCAAAUAGAAAGAAAACCAAUAAUUAUAAACUAGUAUUAAAGAAAAAGAAGAGCAAGUUAGUUAACUUUCUACUGAUAAUAUUAAAUUAAAUGAAUAAAUCAUUGAAUUGAAACAGAUAAAUGAAUAAUUAACAAAGGAUAUAGAUAAUAAAUAGAAAGAAAACCAAUAAUUAUAAACAAUUAUUAAAGAAAAAGAAGAGCAAAUUAGUUAACUUUCUACUGAUAAUAAUAAAUUAAAUGAAUAAAUCAUUGAAUUGAAAUAGUAAAAUGAAUAAUUAACAGAGGAUAUUGAUACUACAUAAAAAGAAAACCAUAAAUUAUAAACAAGUAUUAAUGGACAAUAAGAGAAAAUUAGUUAACUUUCUACUGAUAAUAAUAAAUUAAAUGAAUAAAUCAUUGAAUUGAAACAGAUAAAUGAAUAAUUAACAAAGGAUAUAGAUAAUAAAUAGAAAGAAAACCAAUAAUUAUAAACAAUUAUUAAAGAAAAAGAAGAGCAAAUUAAUAAACUUUCUUCUGAUUCGAAUAAAUAGAGUGAAAAGAUAAAUGAAUUAGAAUGUUAAAUUAAUGAAAUUAAUGAUAUAAAUAAAAAAUUAACAGAAGAUUUAGAUACCAAAUAGAAAGAAAACCAAUAAUUAUAAACAAGUAUUAAAGAAAAAGAAGAGCAAAUUAAUAAACUUUCUUCUGAUUCUAAUAAAUAGAGUGAAAAGAUAAAUGAAUUAGAAUGUUAAAUUAAUGAAAUUAAUGAUAUAAAUAAAAAAUUAACAGAAGAUUUAGAUACCAAAUAGAAAGAAAACCAAUAAUUAUAAACAAGUAUUAAAGAAAAAGAAGAGCAAAUUAAUAAACUUUCUUCUGAUUCUAAUAAAUAGAGUGAAAAGAUAAAUGAAUUAGAAUGUUAAAUUAAUGAAAUUAAUGAUAUAAAUAAAAAAUUAACAGAAGAUUUAGAUACCAAAUAGAAAGAAAACCAAUAAUUAUAAACAAGUAUUAAAGAAAAAGAAGAGCAAAUUAAUAAACUUUCUUCUGAUUCUAAUAAAUAGAGUGAAAAGAUAAAUGAAUUAGAAUGUUAAAUUAAUGAAAUUAAUGAUAUAAAUAAAAAAUUAACAGAAGAUUUAGAUACCAAAUAGAAAGAAAACCAAUAAUUAUAAACUAGUAUUAAAGAAAAAGAAGAGCAAAUUAGUUAACUUUCUACUGAUAAUAAUAAAUUAAAUGAAUAAAUCAUUGAAUUGAAACAGAUAAAUGAAUAAUUAACAAAGGAUAUAGAUAAUAAAUAGAAAGAAAACCAAUAAUUAUAAACAAUUAUUAAAGAAAAAGAAGAGCAAAUUAAUAAACUUUCUUCUGAUUCUAAUAAAUAGAGUGAAAAGAUAAAUGAAUUAGAAAGUUAAAUUAAUGAAAUUAAUGAUAUAAAUAAAAAAUUAACAGAAGAUUUAGAUACCAAAUAGAAAGAAAACCAAUAAUUAUAAACAAGUAUUAAAGAAAAAGAAGAGCAAAUUAGUUAACUUUCUACUGAUAAUAAUAAAUUAAAUGAAUAAAUCAUUGAAUUGAAACAGAUAAAUGAAUAAUUAACAAAGGAUAUAGAUAAUAAAUAGAAAGAAAACCAAUAAUUAUAAACAAUUAUUAAAGAAAAAGAAGAGCAAAUUAAUAAACUUUCUUCUGAUUCUAAUAAAUAGAGUGAAAAGAUAAAUGAAUUAGAAAGUUAAAUUAAUGAAAUUAAUGAUAUAAAUAAAAAAUUAACAGAAGAUUUAGAUACCAAAUAGAAAGAAAACCAAUAAUUAUAAACAAGUAUUAAAGAAAAAGAAGAGCAAAUUAAUAAACUUUCUUCUGAUUCUAAUAAAUAGAGUGAAAAGAUAAAUGAAUUAGAAUGUUAAAUUAAUGAAAUUAAUGAUAUAAAUAAAAAAUUAACAGAAGAUUUAGAUACCAAAUAGAAAGAAAACCAAUAAUUAUAAACUAGUAUUAAAGAAAAAGAAGAGCAAAUUAGUUAACUUUCUACUGAUAAUAAUAAAUUAAAUGAAUAAAUCAUUGAAUUGAAACAGAUAAAUGAAUAAUUAACAAAGGAUAUAGAUAAUAAAUAGAAAGAAAACAAAUAAUUAUAAACAAUUAUUAAAGAAAAAGAAGAGCAAAAUAAUAAACUUUCUUCUGAUUCGAAUAAAUAGAAUUAAAAGAUAAAUGAAUUAGAAUGUUAAAUUAAUGAAAUUAAUGAUAUAAAUAAAAAAUUAACAGAAGAUUUAGAUACCAAAUAGAAAGAAAACCAAUAAUUAUAAACAAGUAUUAAAGAAAAAGAAGAACAAUUUAAUAAACUUUCUUCUGAUUCGAAUAAAUAGAAUUAAAAGAUAAAUGAAUUAGAAAGUUAAAUUAAUGAAAUUUAAGAUAUAAAUAAAAAAUUAACAGCAGAUUUAGAUACCAAAUAGAAAGAAAACCUAUAAUUAUAAACUAGUAUUAAAGAAAAAGAAGUGCAAGUUAGUUAACUUUCUAUUGAUAAUAAUAAAUUAAAUGAAUAAAUCAUUUAAUUGAAAUAGAUAAAUACAAAAUUUACAAAAGAUAUAGAUAAUAAAUAGAAAGAAAAUAAUUAAAUAUAACCAAGUAAUAAAGAAAAAGAAGAACAAAAUAGUUAACUUUCUUCCAAUAAUAAUAAAUAGAAUCAAAACAUGUAUGAUUUAGAAGGUUAAAAUAAUAAUAAUUUAACUUAAAGUCUUUUGUCACCCUAAAAUUUACUAAUAUUAGAAGAUAACUAGAAAUAUUUUAUAAACCCUUUAGAUUAAUUAAAUUAAGAAAAAUCAUAAGAAACAACUUAAAAAUUUUAAUCUACGAUAUUGCCCUCAACUAUAAUUUAAUAAGUAGAGCAAAACUUAAUUAACCCUUAAAAUACAUCAUUUUAAUCUUUAUAAAUACAACAUAAAGAAACUCUAUAAAGUUAAAUUACAGAUCAAUUAUUUUAAAAAGAUAAAAAUACACAAUUAUAAUAAAAAGAAGAAAUUAUCCUACAUUUGGAAUCAAUAAUAAAAUUUUAAGAACAAUAAUUAAUACAUCUUAAUACCCUUUUAGUAAAUGCAGAAGAAACUUUAUCUAAAAUUUUUUGA